GAGUCGAAGGCUAGAGCGGCCUGGCCGCCGAGCCGGGUCGAGCCCGGCCUGGCGACGGCUGCGUCACGCGAGGGGCGGGGCUGCCACGGGCGGAGGCCGGAGCCGGAAGCGGAAGAGGCGCUCGGAGCGGGGAGUGGGGCCUAGCUGCAGCCGGAGCCUGGGAGACGAUGCAUCACUGUAAGCGAUACCGCUCCCCUGAGCCAGACCCGUACCUGAGCUACCGAUGGAAGAGGAGGAGGUCUUACAGUCGGGAGCAUGAAGGGAGACUGCGAUACCCCUCUCGAAGGGAGCCUCCGCCCCGGAGAUCUCGGUCUAGAAGCCAUGACCGCCUGCCCUACCAGAGGAGAUACCGGGAGCACCGUGACAGUGACACAUACCGGUGUGAAGAGCGGAGCCCAUCCUUUGGAGAGGACUACUAUGGACCUUCACGUUGCCAUCAUCGUCGGCGGUCACGGGAAAGGGAGCCAUACCGGACCCGCAAGCAUGCCCACCACUGCCACAAACGCCGCACCAGGUCUUGUAGCAGCGCCUCCUCGAGAAGCCAACAGAGCAGUAAGCGCAGCAGCCGGAGUGUGGAAGAUGACAAGGAGGGCCACCUGGUGUGCCGGAUCGGCGAUUGGCUCCAAGAGCGAUAUGAGAUCGUGGGGAACCUGGGUGAAGGCACCUUUGGCAAGGUGGUGGAGUGCUUGGACCAUGCCAGAGGGAAGUCUCAGGUUGCCCUGAAGAUCAUCCGCAACGUGGGCAAGUACCGGGAGGCCGCCCGGCUAGAAAUCAAUGUUCUCAAAAAAAUCAAGGAGAAGGACAAAGAGAACAAGUUCCUGUGCGUCUUGAUGUCUGAUUGGUUCAACUUCCAUGGUCACAUGUGCAUCGCCUUUGAGCUCCUGGGCAAGAACACCUUUGAGUUCCUAAAGGAGAAUAACUUCCAGCCUUACCCUCUACCACAUGUCCGGCACAUGGCCUACCAGCUCUGCCACGCCCUUAGGUUUCUACAUGAGAACCAACUGACCCACACAGACUUGAAGCCAGAGAACAUCCUGUUUGUGAAUUCUGAGUUUGAAACUCUCUACAAUGAGCACAAGAGCUGUGAGGAGAAGUCGGUGAAGAACACCAGCAUCCGAGUGGCUGACUUUGGCAGUGCUACCUUUGACCACGAGCAUCACACGACCAUUGUGGCCACCCGUCACUAUCGCCCGCCUGAGGUGAUCCUGGAGCUGGGCUGGGCACAGCCCUGCGACGUCUGGAGCAUUGGCUGCAUUCUCUUUGAGUACUACCGGGGCUUCACACUCUUCCAGACCCACGAAAACCGAGAGCAUUUGGUGAUGAUGGAGAAGAUCUUAGGGCCCAUCCCAUCACACAUGAUCCACCGUACCAGGAAGCAGAAAUAUUUUUACAAAGGGGGCCUGGUUUGGGAUGAGAACAGCUCUGACGGCCGGUAUGUGAAGGAGAACUGCAAACCUCUUAAGAGUUAUAUGCUCCAAGACUCUCCGGAGCACGUGCAGCUGUUUGACCUGAUGAGACGGAUGUUAGAAUUUGACCCUGCCCAGCGCAUCACAUUGGCGGAGGCCCUGCUGCAUCCCUUCUUUGCUGGUCUGACCCCUGAGGAGCGGUCUUUACACACCAGCCGCAACCCAAGCAGAUGACAGGUGCAGGCCACCACACUGGGAGAUGGAGAGCAGAACUGGGCUGCCCGGCCCCUUUUCUCCAAGCUCUACCACCGGCCCCAGGGCCGGCCAGAGCCACCCAAUGAACAGUGCAAUGUGAAGGAAGGCAGGAGCCUACAGGGGAGGAGACUUGAUGCCCAGCUGCCAGAAAGCACAGAUUUGACCCAAGCUAUUUAUAUGUUGUAAAGUUAUAAUAAAGUGUUUCUUACUGUUUGUAACCCCUGGUACCAGUGUGUCCAUCUCCAGGCUCCUUGCCUUCUCCCUUCCCCACCUUAUUAAUAAAGUCUUUCUUAGCA